UGCUUCCUGCCGACUUCCGGGCUCUGAGCGUCACGCAUGCGCCUUGGCCAGCCGCUGUGCCGCUGGGAGGUUCGGGUCCUGCGUGGGCGUGACGUUACCACGUGCGGCAGCCAGCGGCGAGCCGGGGCAGGCAUGGCGGCGGCCGUGGAGUCGGGGGCGGAGGACCCGCUGUGGAGUUUUGUGCGGGUUCUGGAGAAGCGGGAUGGGACAGUGCUUCGACUACAGCAGUACGGCUCCGGAGGCGUAGGUUGCGUCGUGUGGGACGCCGCCAUCGUCCUUUCCAAAUACCUGGAGACGCCGGGGUUUUCCGGCGAUGGGGCCCACUCGCUGAGUCGGCGCUCGGUGCUGGAGCUGGGCUCCGGCACGGGAGCUGUGGGUCUCAUGGCUGCGACCCUCGGGGCAGAUGUUAUAGUCACUGAUCUGGAGGAGCUGCAAGACUUGCUGAAAAUGAAUAUUAAUAUGAACAAGCAUCUUGUGACUGGUUCUGUUCAAGCCAAGGUACUGAAAUGGGGUGAAGACAUACAGGACUUGAUGUCACCAGACUACAUAUUGAUGGCAGACUGUAUAUACUAUGAGGAGUCCUUGGAACCAUUGCUGAAGACAUUAAAAGAUCUCAGUGGAUCUGAAACUUGUAUUAUAUGUUGUUACGAACAACGUACAAUGGGGAAAAAUCCGGAAAUUGAGAAGAAAUAUUUUGAACUCCUGCAGCUAGACUUUGACUUUGAAGAAAUCCCUUUGGACAAACAUGAUGAAGAAUACCGAAGUGAAGACAUUCACAUUGUAUACAUCAGAAAGAAAAAACCAAAACCAUCAUCGUGGAGCCCCUUUCCAUCUUAGCCACGCCCCCAACAUACUGGGUAAGGUAAAGAUGUGAACAGAGCAUGUGCAUACCGCAUGGAAGAUUGCGUUACAGAGUCCCCAGCAUGUCCUUAGAGAUCUGGUACAUGGAUGACAACUACCUUGGACUGCCCACAGUGUGAAACACCUGCCUGCCUGCCUGUGGGCUUGAAAUCUAACUUAGGUUUACUUAGCUCAGCAUCAAGUUCUGUUUAAAAGAAACAUUGACAAUCACUCAAAUAAAAAUCAAUUUUGAGGGUAGCCUCAAGUCUGAAGCAGCAUGGUUGACUCAGUACAUUUUCAAGAAACUUAGAAAUAAGUUGAUCCAAUUUCUAAUGGCAUCUAUUACUGUACAGUAAUGUUCUGAGGGCUGGUGUUGUGGCGGUGCACGCCUUUAACACCAGCACUGGGGAGACAGAGGCAGAUGGCUCUCUUGAGUUCCAGACCAGCGUGGGCUACAGGGCAAGCUGGUUCUAGGCAUAAUAAGACUGUCAUGAAGGAAGGAAGGAGAGAGAAAGAAGAAAAAACCCAAAACUAUAGAUGUAUCUCUUUAGUAUAUAAUAUUGUUUAAGGUGGAAGCACUGAAUUCUAUCUUUAAGGUAAAGUUCAAGGCAGUCUCACUUUUACAUAGUUGUGCAAUAGUUUCUCUGUUUUUCCCUUGUGUUAUGUUUAGUACUUAACAUGUUCUUUGAAAAGAAACUGAAAAUAUUAUUUUACACCUUUACUGGCCAGAGUUGUGUUUUCCUCCAUCACAGGUAGGUGAGUGAACUAGAUUCCAGGGCGCUGUAGCUUGUCACUAAGAAGAUAAGUCAGGAGAUGGGGGAACAAGUGCUGUCUCAGAGAGAGGCGUGAGGAGAGAAAGCCAGUUGCACACUUCUGUGCUCAAAUGGCUCUGGGACUUUUUCUUGUGUAUUCGAUCUAAGAAAUCUGAUUUUUAAUUAUUGAUACUAAGACAUCCAUCAUGCUUAAAUGAAGUUCUGUGUACAUUUAUCAAAGGUUUUUACUGUGUUGUCUCCAACUUUGUUCCAAUAAUCAUCUGCUCACAUAGACUAAUGUGUCAAUGUCUUGAACAACCACCAGUUCCAAAAAGUAGUAACCAGAUGGAAUUCUGGAAUUUACAGUCGUUGGUGCUAGAUGGCACAUUGUAUGUGCUGAAAUAAACAUCGUUUUUGAAA